GACAGUUGAGCGUGCAAGUUUGGGCAACCAGAAACCCUUGCCGAUUAUAUCAAAAAGGCCAGCAAAUAUAAAUGAAAACAGAGAAUUAAAAAAGGACUAAAACCUGUGGUUCCCCUAACGCCUAAAAUGGCAGUCCUUGAAGCCUAAAAAACACAAAUCACAGAGAAACGGUUUUGUAUUUUUGGCCAAUUCGUAAAGUUUUUUCGGUCCCUCAGCUGUGUGUUACAUAAAUCUCGGUGGAUGUGUGCGUGUGCGUGAGAGAGUGCUCAUGAGUGUGUGUGCGACUAACAGCAACAGCAGCUAAAAAAAUAAAAAGCAGCUACAAAAAUUAUAGGAAAGUUACUCCCCGAUUUCGAUCUAUCGCCUCUGUGCUUGGUCGAUUGGGAUCAACCCAAGAGCUGUUUCGGUGUCAAUUACGAGAAAGUUACUACUUACUAAAAAAUCAGGCAUACGAAGCGGUGCCAGAAAAGAACCACUUAGAAAACAGCUAAACGACAGAGAACAACCAGUCAAAGCAAUGUUCGUUGCCCAUCAGAUAUCCAAUAUCUAAUCCACUUAUGAAAAAUAUAAAUAUAAUGAUAAUGCUAUUAAUACGACCAUAUAGCGCACUCAAAUAAUCCGAAUCCAACUCGAACACGCCACAAAGACCCAGUACUCGAAACAAAAACAAAUUGCAGCACUGAACAAAUACGAACAAGAAUACAAACACAGAAACACACUGAACAAAUACCAAAUAUCAAAUAGAACGAAUAUGCAUAUUGCUAAUUAAAUUAUGAAUAGCUAAAGCUAAUUAAGCAACAAUGCCCAUACAACAGACACAUAACUAGCCCAUAUCCAGUACUACCUACCUGUAAUCGUCCGCCUCUAGCCACAUAGAUAAACUGCUAAUAUUUGCGCAACAUUUAGCGGCAAAGACAGCAAAGCCACAACACUGAAUAAAACAUAUUAAACAAACACGAGAAGAGAGCAACCAGCAAAUACUGAAUACCAAAUACCAAUAUCAGAAACAAAUAUAGAUUGCCUUGCCCCCCAUAUAAAUGUCUACCUAAAUGUACUGUUUGAUCGUUCCAACCCGUAAUGAAAGUAAUGAACAUCCGCUCUUACUGUUUGUGUGCCUUCGAAUGUGCAGUAAAUGCAGCUUCUGCAUCGGCUGAACACGCUAUGCCCAAUAUCUGCUAUGCCACCUAUAGCUAACCCGACUGCAGCUACUCCGAGUCCAUAUCCAGUCAACCCAACUAGCCAGACAUAUGUAAAUACAGACUCUACCUACCCGAACAAUCAAAGAUCAGUUUCCAGUUCCUGAUUCCCCAAGCCAUUGGACCACCCGACACCGAUAACACUCACACAAUCCGUGUCCAGACUCCUGAAAUCCCGCAGAAAGGCGACGACACACGAUCGGAAAUAGAUCCUUCGGCAGGGGCGCCGAGUUCUGGAUCCGGAUCGGGUCCGGGGUCGCCACACCACCAGCAGUCGAACCACCAGCACUAUCACCACCCCCACCAGCCGCCGAUCAUGGAGCACGCCGGCGCGCCGAUCUCCACGUCCGCCUCGAACAUAGCCACCGUGAUGGAGGACGGCGAGAACGCCCACCUGCCGCCCCUCACCGGGUCGGGACCCAGUCGCCAGAGAUCCCUGCGGGAUCGACUCAAGGACGGCAUCACCGGCAGCUUCUCCUGGCAGAGCAAAUCGCGCAGCGUGGAUCACGGCCUUGCGGCUCCGUUUGACUUGGACUCGCUCCGCUCGAAAGUGGAGCAGCGCUUCGAGAGCGUCGACAAACUAUCAAGGCAAAAGUCUUCAUUGCCCACCAUACCCACCAUUUCCUACACCGUGGGCAAUCGCGACACCCUGACCUCAGUGGCCGCCCGAUUCGACACUACUCCCUCGGAGCUGACCCACCUGAACCGGCUGAACAGCUCCUUCAUUUACCCCGGCCAGCAGCUGCUGGUGCCCGACAAGAAGGCCAAGGACAAGGACGACGCCUCCAGCAGCUCCACCCACGACCUGGACGGAGGCAGCCUGUCCGGGAAAUCGAGUCCGGUGGAGCGCAAGUUGUCCGGCGACGAGAGCCGCGAGAAAGACAUACUCGAGGGCCUGCGCCCCGGAUCCCCCAAGCCCGGUCACAUCGAACGCGUGGGCGGAAGCAGCCAGCAGCAGGCGGAGGAGGAGGCCAACAAGAGCGACGAUCCGGUGAUCACCCAGCGCUUCCUCAAGAUCAAUGUGCGCCACAUCACGGACGGACAGGGCGUGGUGGGCGGCGUCCUCCUGGUCACGCCCAACGCCGUCAUGUUUGAUCCCAAUGUCAGCGAUCCCCUGGUCAUUGAGCACGGCCCGGAGAGCUAUGGCGUCAUCGCGCCCAUGGAGCUGGUGGUGAACGCCGCCAUCUUCCACGACAUUGCGCACAUGCGGGUGGCCGGAGGAGCAGGGCAAGGCCUUAACUCCGGGUCGGGCGACGCCGAGAAGCCGGAGAUAUAUUAUCCCAAACCAGUAUUAGUCGAGGAGGACUCCAAGGAGUUGUCCGAGCAGCAGCCGCUGCUGGGCGAGGACGGCAAAGAGCGUUUGGAUGCUGAAAUCGGAUCGUUGGAGAUUGCCGACGACCAGGAGUCGCUUUGCUCCAGCACUGGACGCGAUGGCGACGCCUUUCCCAAAGCCUUCGACCGCGAACGUGUGGAGGACUCAUCUACGGAAGCCAAAGAUAGCGCUAAGACUGACGCUCAAGACGAUGAAGACAAGAAGACCGGCCUGGGCCUCUCCAGCACUCGUUCCACCCUCGAGGAGCGGCGCAAGAGUUUGUUGGAUCACCACUGGGCCAUUCCGAGCAAAGACCGCUAUUGUUUGUCUAAUUCCCGAAGAUCCUCGGAAGACGAGGCCGACAACGAGUCCAACAUAACCGUGGACAGCGGUGCCCGGGUCCAGGAUCCCCAUUCGGCCAACAGCUCGGUGAGCGGCGUACCGCUCAGUCAGCCUCUCGGGGCCGCUGCCGCCGGUCCAGCCUCCGCCGUGGCCCCCCUGCCACCCUCUGGCAUCGACCUGGAGCACCUGGAGCAGCUGUCCAAGCAGUCGUGCUACGACUCGGGCAUCGACAUCCGCGAGUCCGUUCCCAACGUACAGCCCAUACCAAAGAAAGCCGUCUACAGCGACGCGGACAUUGUCCUCAGCUCCGACUGGGUACCACCGAAAACCAUUGUGCCGACGCACUUCAGCGAGUCUCCGCCUCGUAGCACCAUCCUGGGCCAGAGCCUGGAUGCCGGCACAGGAGCACGCAAGAAGACCUCCAGCGUCAGCUUCAGCGUGGAUGACGAGGCCGCUCAGCAGGCUCAGGCCCAGGCGGCAGCUGUGGCGGCCACCGACAAACAGGCGGAGAAGAAAAACAAGAUGCUGAAACGCCUCUCGUAUCCCCUGACCUGGGUGGAGGGUUUGACCGGCGAGGGCGGAGCGGUGCAACCCGGAGGCGUGGGCAGCGGUAGCCUGAACAAGUCAGGAGACGCAGAUUCGGCACCCAACACGGGUGACUCCAAUCAGAGUGUAUUUUCGAAAGUAUUCUCAAGCUCGCCCAUCACUCUGGUGUCAGAGCUGGGCGGGAAUCUUUUUUCGAAAACACCGUCCGAGGACUCUGGUGGCUCACCUGUGCCGCCAUUGACUCCGCACUCGACUCAUUCCGAGGGUCACAUGACCUAUGGACGUUCCUCAAUCGGUACCUUUAUACGUCCUCACUCGUCGGAGGGCACUUCGUCCAGCACCAAGCUGAAGGAGGCCAAGCAGGCGCCCAAGCUGGACUAUCGCUCCAUGGUAUCUAUGGACGACAAGCCGGAACUCUUUAUCAGUGUGGACAAACUCAUCCCACGACCGGCCCGAGCCUGCCUUGACCCACCAUUGUAUCUGCGGCUGCGCAUGGGCAAGCCCAUCGGCAAGGCCAUUCCGCUGCCAACCUCUGUCAUGUCCUACGGCAAGAACAAGUUGCGCGCUGAGUACUGGUUCAGUGUGCCAAAGAAUCGCGUUGAUGAGCUCUAUCGCUUCAUAAACACCUGGGUGAAACACCUGUACGGUGAGCUGGACGAAGAGCAGAUCAAGGCGCGUGGCUUCGAGUUGAUCCAGGAGGACACUGAGUGGACCAAGAGCGGCACCACCAAAGCCGGCAUUGGCGGCGGCAGCCAGGACGGCGAGGAGAUUAGCGACUUGACACGCGAGUCCUGGGAGCUUAUAAAGGCGCCGUUCGCCAAAACCUACAAGAUCAUUAAAACGGCAUCGCAUGCCGCAUCGCAUGACUUGGAAAUGUUGGGCGGCGAGGUGCUGUCAAUGAGCACAGAUGAAUAUCGCAAGACCUCGCUCUUUGCCACCGGUUCCUUCGACCUGGACUUCCCCAUCCCAGACCUGAUUGGCAAGACAGAAAUCCUCACAGAGGAGCAUCGCGAGAAGCUCUGCUCACAUCUGCCGGCUAGAGCCGAGGGCUACUCCUGGUCCCUGAUCUUCAGCACAUCACAACAUGGUUUCGCACUCAACUCCCUGUACCGCAAAAUGGCGCGUCUGGAGAGUCCAGUUCUGAUUGUCAUCGAGGAUACUGAGCACAAUGUAUUUGGUGCCCUGACAUCCUGCUCGCUGCACGUGUCGGAUCACUUCUACGGCACCGGCGAGUCCCUGCUCUACAAGUUUAACCCCAGCUUCAAGGUGUUCCACUGGACUGGCGAGAAUAUGUACUUCAUCAAGGGCAACAUGGAGAGCCUUUCGAUUGGCGCUGGAGACGGUCGCUUUGGCCUGUGGCUGGAUGGCGAUCUGAACCAGGGACGAUCGCAGCAGUGCAGCACGUACGGCAACGAGCCUCUGGCGCCACAAGAAGACUUUGUUAUCAAAACACUCGAAUGCUGGGCAUUUGUUUAAGUGAAUUUCUGUUGUCAACAACAAACACAUUUAAGGAUGGGAGCGAGUGCCUCCUGCCUACCUAUCUAUUUAAUUAACUAUAUGUACUUGUACUAAAACCAACAACCUGAGAAAGAUGUCAAAAGCUGAUGCGCGCCUGAGGAUCCUCCGGAACGGUCCACACAGCCCCACACCCGAAAACACUUGCAUACACCGACACCACAAGAAGGGCGGAUACAAAACACUGACCUGAUCUGAGGGGAAAUGCUUGUGAAAAUUUCUGUUCUCGGAAGCAACAUGCGAGUUAGCUAUGCGUUGGAACGUAUUAAUUAUUUAGUUUUUAUAUUACAUACUAUUAAACAAAAGCAACUAAAUUAUGUGUUAGACUUAAACAAAAACAGAACAUGAGAAAACCCGAAAAGGCGGACAAACGACACGGAAAUUAAAGCAAAAACAAUUGAAGAUAACAUUAGAGGUCAUCACACAUCUCCAUGAAUUAUAUAGCACAUGCAUACACCCACAUACGCCUACAUAAAUACACAUUAAACCUAAGUUCUUAUUAUCGAAAACUAUAAUCACCAAAUUGUGAAAAGUAACAUAUAGCUAAUUGCAAAUUUUGAUCAUUUAUCGUGCCUAUUUCUCUUGAUUGAUUUCAGUUUGAAUUUAAUUUCGAUUGUUUGAGUUACCUUAUUCAGAGCACUGUGAAAAAAGCGAGCUGAGAAGUUGGGAAAAUAAAAAGAAUGUCGAUAUAAUUUUUAGUGCAAAAGUGCUGAUUGCAAGUAAAACUAAAAGCGAAGAUAACUCUUAACGAUUUGACUUUUAUAUACAUGUAAAGAAGGAGCCGAGAAGAGCUGAAAGCGAGCGUUUUAUUUUUUAGUUUUACACGAUAUACAUAUAUUUAAUUACGAUUAUUUUAAUGCUAAUGAUGUUGAUUUUUAUGCAAUUAUACUAAAACAAAAACAGAAACAACACCAGAAUGAAAUACACAAUAUUAUACAACCAAA